AAAUCCCCCACUCUUUCUUACCUGUUAGCUCAGGUGUCUAACUUUUCCCCCAUUUUUGUAGCAACGAAAGGAAAGCAAGGGAGUCUAAUUUCUCUCAUUCUCAACUACAGCACUGAAGAGAUGACUAAAGAAGAGGACUUUAAGCUCCUCAAGCUACAGACUUUUGUUCUCAAAGUGAGCAUACAUUGUGAUGGGUGUAAGCAGAAAGUGAAGAAACUCCUUCAGAGAAUUGAAGGUGUUUACCAGGUAAAUAUAGAUGCCGAGCAGCAGAAAGUUACAGUUUCAGGAACUGUAGAUUCUGCUACUUUGAUCAAGAAAUUGGUUAGAGCCGGGAAACAUGCUGAGCUUUGGUCCCAAAAGUCUAAUCAGAACCAGAACCAGAGCCAAAAACAAAAGAACUGUAUCAAAGAUGACAAGAACCACAACAACAGAGGUCAGAAGCAAGGAGUAAUGAAAGGUCUUGAGGCCUUUAAGAAUCAGCAGAAGUUUCCUACUUUCAUUUCUGAGGAAGAUGAUGAUUAUCUUGAUGAUGAGGAGGAUGAUGAAGAAGAAGAUGACUUUGAUAUGCUCAAUGCAAAUGAAUUGGGUCAGUUUGGUCUGCUCAGGCAACACAUACUUGAUGCAAAGAGAAGUGCUGCCAUGGCUGGUGUAGCUUCCAACAAUGGUAAAAUGAACAACAAUCUUGGGAAUGGAAAUGCUGGGAAAAAGGUAAGCCCAAAUCAGAGCGUGGGAAUGAAGGUUAAUCCAGGUGUAAUUGAUCAGAAAACCAUGGCUGCUCUGAAGAUGAACAAUGUUCAUUUGGGUGGUGGGAACAUAAAUGCAGCUGAGGGCAAGAUGGGGAAUGACGUUGGUUCCAUGAUGGGUCUUGCUGGUUUCCAUGGAAAUGGUAUUAAUGUUCCUAAUGCUGCUGCUCUGGGGGCCAAUCCCAACGGUGUUGGAGGGUAUCAAGUUCAAUCCGGUAAUGGUUACCAGGGGUCCUCUGCGGCAGGUAUCCCCAGUGGUGGAUAUGCCACUGGUCACUAUCCAUCAUCCAUGCUCCCGAACAUUAAUGGCUACAACAAUCCGGCAGCAUCAAUGAUGAUGAACAUGCAGAACAGGCAUGUCCUGCAGCAGCAACCUCAGAUGAUGUAUCAUCGAUCCGCUCUAAUUCCUCCAAGUACUGGCUAUUAUUACAACUAUUACAACCCUCCCCAAUUCUCCUAUCCUGGACAACCCAACUACAAUGAUGAGCAUUCAGCAGCAACACACAUGUUCAGUGAUGAGAACACAACCGGCUGUUCAAUAAUGUAAUGAAUAAAGAAAAUCAUGUAGAGGGGAAAGCCUGAAGUUUGACUUUUGGAAUUUCUUUCUGUGUAUCAAUAUUACAAUAUUCUGCAGUGUUCGUGUUGGGGAUGGAUGAAUAUGUAAUAAUAAACGUCUUAGUGAAUCUUAUGUGUAAUGUAUAAUUGUUAAGAUGAUUUUUUUUUUUUCCCUCUAUUUUGUAUUUCAU